CAGAAAAUAUCUAUAUUGCUUGAGUCGUAGGGUAAAAGGAAAAAAAAAAAACAAACAAAAAAACAACACAAUGUAAACCGGCAUAUUUUAAUCAUAGUUUGCUAUAUUCUUUAUUUUGUCAUUUCAGUUUUACUAAAUAUAUACCAUAAAUCAGCAGCGCGCAACUGAGCUAGAGGGAAUUUAAGUGACUCGAUGGCGGAGGCACGAGAUACACAAAACGCGGAACUUGACCCUCCUGAAAUAUGGAUUCCGCCUCCAGAUAGAAAGGCAAAACCGAAGAUCGAAGACCUAUUAAAGAUUUACGAUGACGUUAUUGAAUUCCUCAAGCAAGAAGAUUAUGACGAAGACCUUCGAAAAGCACUUAACAUAGUAUAUUCUGCAUACGAAAAUAUUCCUACCGGAAAUCACGAGAGAAAACCACACUAUCUACAAGUACUUGAGUUGAGAAAAGAAGAUUUGAAAAGAAUAGAAUCUGGCAUCACCAUAGCAGGAGACACAAGUAGUGGUAAAACCAGUCUAGUCAAUAAGCUAGUUGGAGAGAGACUGGUGACUCCAAAGGUAUUGGCAGCAACGUCCAAAAUAUGUAGGAUGCGGAAUUCAAAAACAUAUGCAAUCGAAGUUCUAGAUAGAGAUGGGAAGGUUUUAAAAGAGAGAACUGCCUUUACAAACCACAAAAAGAUGAAUAAGAAGUUGGAUAAGUAUACGUGUAUGAGGGGAGACAAUGCCGGAAUGUACUAUAUCGACAUAUAUUGUCCAUUCAGAAACUUGGAUGUCAAGGGAAAUGUGAUGCUUGUAGAUACACCUGGCAUUAGUGGAGAAAGAGGAAUGAAUUCAAAGCUGAUGGAGUUUCUCCCUAAUGCUUCUGGUUUCAUUUUCGUCAUCGAUGUUUCCAGGGCCGGUGGUGUGGAAGAAGACAGGCUCCUUACAAUUUUGCAAACUAUUGCUAAAGCAAGGAACAUAAUGCCAUGUUUUGAGCCAGACGAUGUCCUCUUUGUCACAAAUAAAUGGAAUUUGCUUCAAUGUUCUGCGAGGUCAUUAAGGACAUCUGAAACAGCAACUGACGAUUCUGACGACGAAAAAGAACCCAUCAACGAGGAAGAGGAAAUCUGGAAUACAAUUGUAAACAAAAUAAAGGCAGUGUGGCCCACACUUACAGAGGAUCAAAUUUUCAGACUCAAUCUUUCUGACGAAAGCACUGAUUGUGGCACUGAAAAAGAAAGAAAUCAAUUCAGAAGAUUUGUUGACGUUUUGGCACAGCUUCUCGAAAAAACAAAAAGCAAGAAAGUCAAAAUGCAUAUAAGUUUGCUUUUCGACACAAUCUGCAAUAUAGAUAUCGGAAUACAAUCCAGAAUACACACGGCAACUUCAGAUGAUGAGAAUAUUGUAGGCAUUUUUAAAGACGCGUACAUAUCUUUGGAAAGGCUACUUCAGAAGUGCAGAGAUAUUGUUACGGAGCUGCAGUAUGACAUGAAGAUGAGUGUUGGAUAUCUAUCGGACAAAUUACAUACUUACAUUAACUCUGCUGAUGGCAAACAUGAAAUUCUGAAUCCUGUCGGUAAAAUACCAAUUAAAGAUUGCUUCUUCGUGAGCAGAGAAGUACCACGACGCUUUCAAGAUGGGGUAAUGCGAUGGGUGAGGGGAAAAGAGGUUGUUGACGAAAUCGAGAAAAUCGAUGGUAAAAUUUUGAAAAAAUGUGAGGAGGUGCGACUCGGGUUGGAAAGAGCACGAGUAAUUUUUAUGGGAGAAGAAGACCAGGUGGAAAGAACAAAGUUGUCUACAGUUCUUACCGCAGCCAUCAGUGCCCCUCUCUGGAUGCCUGUCGCCAUUGUAAUUGGCGCAUUGCUCAUUGUCGCUACGAUUGUUCUAUCUCCCCUAAUUAUUACAGGCAUGGUUUUAAAGAAAGGGAUGAAGGAAAAGCAAAUUGAUACACUUUAUAAUGCUUGUGCACAGCUUUUGACAAAAGCAGAAAUUCGAAAUAGACUAGGUAGCGUCUUUAAUGAUCAUUUUGAGCAUAGAAUUAAACGCAUAUUUGAAAAGGAAUUACCGAGGGAAAUAGACGCUUUAAUAUACACCUUCAACGUUCUCGGGAUAGAGAAAGACAAAAUCAUAAAAGACCUUACUGCGAAUCUUCGUUUAAGAGACUCUCUUUACGAAAUAAAAGGUGACCUUGAAAAAUUAACCUAACAAGUUGCUGGCUUUAUUCGGAAAUAUGUUCAGAUAUUAUCACAAUAUACGAGUAUAACAUAUUUUAAUAGAUUAUACAUGUAUGAUUAUUUGUCUUCAGAGUUAAAAUUGGUGAAAACAAAUUAAAUUGUAAACCCCAAAAUAAAGUGAAUAUGUACAUGUAUUUGUGUAAGUAAAUUAGAGACAAUGCUAUAUCACAAACAAGUUGAUGGUACAGGCGUUUCAACAGUCUCGAUUGAAGUCAGCAUUUUACAAAUGCUAUCGUCGGUAUAACGAUGUAGUUCGUCAAUACAACCUAUCAUUGGGUCAAAUGCUGCCUGACGUGUUUAAUACCGAUUGUUAAGCCGUUCUUGGCACACUGAUUUUAACUGCGGAUAACUCCGUUUACCUGAUCAGGAUAUAGGGCUUAAGGCGGGUGUUUAAAGAUUUAAAGCCAUUAUCAAACAAUCUUCUGCAGUUUAUUUCUUAAUUUGUUUUUAAUAUAUUACAACCGUUCAUUUUAUUCAUUUCAUAAUCAAACUUAACAUCAAUGUGAAACUAUUUUGAAAUAUAAGAAUCAAUAAAAUACAUCAUAUAUACUAACGAUCACUAUCAUUUGAAGAACCUUCGAUUCACUAUCCACCAUUCACCAUCCUCCAUUCACCAUCCACAUAGUAGUUGUUUGUUUUGCUUUUUUACGUCACGUCGAUGAUUUGUCAAGGGACCUCCUUUUUUAAUGUCAUAUCUUAAGGACCUAUGAUUCUCACUUCUACAUGCCGAGCGUUUGGAGAAGGAGCAAUCAGUACCUACGUUUACUCCUGCAGCCAUUGCAUGAGCGGGCUCAAACUCACGACCUCCCGGUUACGAAGCUACUGCAAUACCACUAAGCUACCGCGACCGAUCAUCCAAGUAAUUGUAAUUGUAAUUAAAAGAUUUAUAUAGCGCCCUACCUCAUUAAUUCUCUAAAGCGCUUUACAAAUGUGAAAGAAAAGAUAAUAUAAAAUCGAUGUGCACAUACAUGUGAAUAAAAAAUACAUAGUGUCAGAAUUAAAAUGCAUAAAUAUUAUUAUUAAUAUAUAGCGAUAUGAUAUGAUUACCCUAAUAACAUAUGAAACAAUUUAAAACAACCCUUAGGAAUAAUUAAAUACAUAAAAAGGACAUAGGCACAAUAACAAACAGGAGUUUUUUUUUUUUUUUUGGGGGGGGGGGGUGUUAACAACACUGUAAGAGCUGUAUGUAAGAGCACUGAGUAUAUAAAAAUAAUCACAAAUUAAAAGCUAAUCUAAAGAGAUGCGUUUUGAGAUCCACUUUCAAAUUAGACAAUGAAGUACAUUGUCUGAGUUUAAAAGGCAGAGAAUUCCAGAGACUCGAUUCAGCUUUGUCCAAUCGUCGAUCCCCAUAUGUUUUCGUACGUGUCCGAGGUACCUGGAGAAGAUGCAGAUAUCCAGAUCUUAGUGAUCGUGUGGGAUUGUAAACUGUAAGGAUAUCCUUUAUGUAAACUGGAGAUAGGUUUUUGAGAGAUUUGAAAGUAUGAAGAAGUAUCUUAUAUUGAAUUCUGUAUUCAACUGGGAGCCAGUGAAGAUCUAUUAGAACAGGAGUAAUAUGGUCGGAUUUUUUUGAGCAUGUUAUUAAUCUUGCAGCUGUGUUUUGUGCCCUUUGAAGUUUGCUGGUGUGUUUAGAAUGAACACCAUAAACCAAUGCAUUUCCGUAAUCUAAUCUGGAUGUAACUAGCGAGUUUACUAGAGUUUUGCAUGCUUCAUCAUUGAUAAAUGAACGGAUACAGCCAAUUCUGCGAAUGUUCACAAACGCUGAUCGGGAAAUAGAGAGAGACAGUGUUUUUCCAUGGUAAGGGCUUUGUCAAAGAAUACGCCUAAAUCAAAGUAGUAACACUGUUUUUCGUAAUUUACUUUUUGUUAAUUUUUUUUCGUUCCUAGUAGUUAAUAAUUUGAUUUUUUUCUGUUUUCACCAGACCCUUUUUAGUUAUAACAAUGUUGAAUACUGUAAUUUGGGAAAAUCUCAGAUGGAGAACAUACUUUAAUUGUCAUCAAAACAUAAUUUACACAUAUCGUCCUAAAACUAAUCAUCCAAACUAUGCAAAACGGAAACACACUACUCUGUAUUAAUCCAAGAUCCAUGCGUGUAUAUUAUGGGGGAAAAUUCUAUUGCAAUGCAUCUGGAUCCAGGGAGUAUGCAGAAUUUGUUUAUAUAUCUUUCAAUUUAUGACUGCAUUUGCAAUGUUGUACUUUUCUACUUUAUUUAGAUAUCAUUCAUGUAUUCUGUUAUAGCUGAGAUACAAGACUGCCAUAUACUUGAUAGGAUUUGUAACAAAGCAAAACACUGUUUAUUUUACAUUUAUUAUGAUUUCAUGCUUAUUGUGAACGGGAAUUUACUUCCCUUUCAGAGAAAAAUAACGAUGUGUUGAUUGGAAGUGUUUUCAACUUGUGGAUCGUUUUAAAGUGUUUUAUUUUGAUGAAAAUAGUCAUGGAAGUGUUUCAUCAAUAUCGGUCAAAGACAGGACCCAAAAUAUCAGAUUUCCAGAAGGAGCAAACAUCCCUUGUCCACAGGACACACCGGUGUACCGUAUCACUACUACGUUUUCCUUAUCAAGAUAUAGAGCUCAUGGUGAGCGUGACGGAUUAACAGGUGAUACUAACUCAUGCAAGAAUGAUAAAAAUUACCGAAAACUGAGUAUUUGUGUUAGUUUUUUUUACAAGCCUCUUUUAGAAUAAUGUUAAGAUUAAUUACUGUUUGUUAUUAUCAAUUUUUUAUACACACUUUCACAGAUUCAAGUAAAUAAAUAAACAACAAGAGAUAAAUACAAAGUGGUACAAAAUGAUAGGUAAUAUUGCAUUUGAAAUAGAAAAAAACUGCAUGGGACUAUCACUUGAUCAUCUGUUUGGAAGGCUAUAUAGAUCAUAUGCAGCACGGCCCGGCAUGUUUUAUUCCCUGUCAAUUGGUAAAAUGCAGUAAUACAAAUUGAAAAAAAAUCACAAGUAAAUGGGGUAUAACACAAAUGAUUUAUACAUAGAGAUUAUUCAUUAUGUAACUAAUUGCGUUCCAUGGGCUUAAAAUUAGAAUAUACUCUAUAGUGAAGUGAUUGUACGAUAAGAUAUGAAUAGUAAUUUCACUAAAAUGAUAAUCAAGUAUUAUAUUAUUCCGUGAUAUUUAUUAUAUCAUUUGUGCACGAAACAUAUAUGUACAAUGAAGACAUUGUUUGAUGCGCCAUAGAUCGUUGCCUACAAAUAGUGCAGUAAAUAAAACGAUAAAUCAUAUUUUUUUUUAUUCUACAUAUUCAAUAGAAAGAUUUACACAUACAUAUAUACAAAAUGUUUGGCUCUGAAAUCUUCAAAAUAUAAAAAAAAUUGCUACAUGAUGUUAUAUGUUGUACUGGACUGUGGCCGUUACCACUGUCAAUGUUCUACAGUGGCUAUACCUAAAGUCAUGGGUCGUUGGGGAUUGACUGUCCAUUGCGAGCAUGAUUUAUUGAUUUAUUGUCACACACUUUCAACCUAUUGAGAUGUUGACAGAACUUAUGAAGAGAAGUAUGCUAUAUAAGGGAGAUUGUAUAAAUGUUUGAGAAUGUAUGUAUCUAGCUGCAGUCGACCACAAGGCAUCAGAGUCGAUAUAUUACUCCUGAAUAAAACAUACGAACCGUUGGACUUUCCAACAGCUAGUAACAUCCCAAUUAAAGUGAAAAGUUCUGGAAAGGAAUAGAAGACCCAUGAACUCUGAUUAUAAACGGCUACAAUCGUUUAUCUUUAUGGAUAUUAUUUGAUGUCAAUAUCCAUACGGCUUGUGUAUCAUGUUCAUUCGGUAGAUGCCCAUGGGGAUUUGGGUUAGAAUAGAUCCGCAGUACCCCUAAUCGCCGUACGAGGCGACUAAAUGUGGUGGUUCUUCGGAUGAGACCACAAGAACCGAGACCCCGUGUCACAGCAGGUGUGGUACGAUAAAGAUCCUUCUCUGCCCUAAUGUCGUAGGCACCGAGCAUAGGCUUAAAUUGUGCAGCCCUUCAUCAGCAAUGGUGACGUCUCCAUAUGAAUGAAAAAAUUUCGAGAGGGAUGCUACACGAUAUACAUGCAAUCAACUUACGGAUAUUAUGUCAGCAUGACAUCACUAUUUUCACUGUUCACAAAGUCUGUUCUAUUAAAUUGAAUUCAUAUUUUACCAUCCACCAAAAGAACAACAAUUUAAAAGUGAGAACUAGAAUUGAAAUGAUAUUAAAAAUCUCCACUAUCGAUCGUUAAAUUUCACGCUGACUGGAAACGCCGAAGGCUUUCUUGGGUACUAAUUAAUUCUACAUUAAGGUCUGUAGAACAUACAAAAUGUUAACAACCAGAAUAAUGCAUAUUUAUUGUACCUUUGACUUUUCUGUAUUCUCCAGUACCUUGAGAUAAUAACCUACACCUGAACAAAUUCUUAAAAUACAUCAUUGGCAAUUAAUCAGAAAAUGUUGAUUUUUCCCCAUAAACUAGAAAUAUAUUUGAAUAAAGAUGCACACUAUUUUCACCAAUGAAGUAUUACAUUUAAAGAAGGAGGGGUACUGCAUCGUGUUAAUGGUAGACUUCCUUUUAAAGCAUGAAUGAGACUGAAUAUCAAUAUUCCGUUUAGAAUUGAUGACCUAGCUGGGUAGCUCAUUGGGUUAGCAUGUCAACUGUUGAACUGUAGAUCGCCGAUAGAUCGUCGGUUCGAGUCCAGCGUUAAUUUUUAUUCUCAGAUUAUUUUCUACGAAAACUGCAUUUUUUUUUUUUACUAAAUACGUUUUUAAUUUCAAAAUAUUGCAACCAUCUUCAACUUUUUAUCCACGUCAAAUUUCUUUCGUGUAACAAUAUUUCUAAACAACAUUUUGAUAAAUUAUUUAACUCUUAAGACCAUGGGGAAAAAAAACAAUCCUUUUUUAGGAAAAUAACCUUACUGUGCUCCUUCAUUUUAUUUUCAAAUUUAAAGUAGGGGUCUAGUAGCGUGACGUCAUAUCCGGAUUGAACUCCGGUAUUGGUUCACGUACUAUUAUUAUCAAACGUAUUUUUACAUUUACCUGGAUGUUUUUUAAUUUAGUAAAAUGAAUACAAUAACACUCAAUCACUUAUAUUUGAGUACCCGGUAGACUAUGCCUCCAAUCUUCUUUCCAUUUUUUGUCAUCUAAUUCGCACAUAAAACCAGAGGUACAUAUUUAUUUAAUUGAUAUACAGGGGUAUUACAUGUUAAAAUUAUCUGUAAAU